GCGAGGCGGCCCCGCUCGGGGCGCAGCGCCCGCCGCCUCCGCCGACGCGUCUCUCCGCCUUUGUGUCCCGGCCGCGCGCCCUCCCUGCCGCCCCGCGCCCGGCACCCUGGAGCCGCACGGGAGCCGGCUGUCCGAGCUGCGUCCGGCGCGGCGCCCCGGAGCCCCGAGCCCGCCGCGCCGCCGCGCCCCGCGCGUGCGCUCCGGCCCCGCGCUCUGAGGGCCCCGAGGGGAGCGCCCCCGGCCUCGGCGACCGCUGGAGCUGCUCGGCGCGCCUCGGAGCUGCCUGCGGUCCCGCCUUGUCUGCCCAGAGGACUGGGGCUCCCGGCCCGCACCUGGUCCCUCCGACGCCGGGAGUGCGCGGAGCUGGGAGCGGCUUGGCCAUGGCCGCGAGGAGGGACUCCGUGUGGAAGUACUGCUGGGGAGUUUUGAUGGUUUUAUGCAGAACUGCGAUUUCCAGAUCGAUAGUUUUAGAGCCCAUCUAUUGGAAUUCCUCGAACUCCAAAUUUCUACCUGGACAAGGACUGGUACUAUACCCACAGAUAGGAGACAAAUUGGAUAUUAUUUGCCCCAAAGUGGACUCUAAAACUGUUGGCCAGUAUGAAUAUUAUAAAGUUUAUAUGGUGGAUAAAGACCAAGCAGACAGAUGCACUAUUAAGAAGGAAAAUACCCCUCUCCUCAACUGUGCGAGACCAGAUCAAGAUGUAAAAUUCACUAUCAAGUUCCAAGAAUUCAGCCCUAACCUCUGGGGUCUAGAAUUUCAGAAGAACAGAGAUUAUUACAUUAUAUCUACAUCAAAUGGGUCUUUGGAGGGCCUGGAUAACCAGGAGGGAGGGGUGUGCCAGACAAGAGCCAUGAAGAUCCUCAUGAAGGUUGGACAAGAUGCGAGUUCCGCUGGGUCAACCAGGCAUAAUGAUCCAACCAGACGGCCAGAAUUGGAAGCUGGUACAAAUGGAAGAAGUUCAACAACAAGUCCCUUUGUCAAACCAAAUCCAGGUUCCAGCACAGACGGCAACAGCGCCGGACAUUCUGGGAACAAUAUCCUCGGUUCCGAAGUGGCCUUAUUCGCAGGGAUUGCUUCAGGAUGCAUCAUCUUCAUCGUCAUCAUCAUCACGCUGGUGGUCCUGCUGCUCAAGUACCGGCGGCGGCACCGCAAGCACUCGCCGCAGCACACGGCCGCGCUGUCGCUCAGCACGCUGGCCACGCCCAAGCGCGGCGGCAACAACAACGGCUCCGAGCCCAGCGACAUCAUCAUCCCGCUGAGGACUGCGGACAGUGUCUUCUGCCCCCACUACGAGAAGGUCAGCGGGGACUACGGGCACCCGGUGUACAUAGUCCAGGAGAUGCCGCCGCAGAGCCCGGCGAACAUUUACUACAAGGUCUGAGCCUCGGCGGUGCCUUCGCUUUCCCGGAGGAAACUUACUGUCCCGCUGCCGCCCGCGGAGGGCCCGAGGCCCCCCCUGUGUCUGCGACAGACUGACGCACAGCGCGGAGAGGGCACCCUCCUUCUCGGAAGAGCCCCGUGGAGUCGGACAGCUUACUAGUCUGUAGCGUUUCGGCCGCGGUGACGAAGGAUGCGCCCCGGCAGCUGGAAGACUCGCGUAGAAGAUGCGCGUGGGGACCGCGCGCACCCGGCCCCUCCCCUCCUCCUCCUCCUCCUCCUCCGGGUUCCACGGGCGCUCGGGCCUCCGCAGGAGCCGAGGGGAGGCAGAGCGGUUGCUGGGCGGGAGCGAGAGCUGGGAGCAACCCGGGCAGGUGCCCCAGGUCACCAGGCCUGGAAAAGCCGUCCUCUGCCUCGGGAGUGGCCCCUACCCCACCCCCCCGGAGCUGCACCCCGGACUUGUCUUGUCGCACAGACUGGCUGCGUGAGGCUUUCGGAGAGCGCUAGCUUUUAGUCCUCACUGUUGCACACACUCCUAUCAUCCAGGGCUCUGCAGGCCUUCACACAAGAUUUCCUCACACGCCACCCUCCGCAUCACUACUGGGACAUUCACGUUUGGUGUCUCCUACUCCAUCCGUUCGCAACAGCAGCUAUAGCCGAAGCAGUGAUACAUGGAUAGAAAUCGCGUUUGCUAAUCAGGAGCCUUGCAGCCAGACGCUAGGCUGUCAGUCCAGGAAGAUGAGGCGUUCAUGGAAGUGGGGGACCGGGGGAAAGGGCCGUCUGCAAAGGCAGUUCACUGCUGCCGCCUCUGAAACACAGUUGGGAGGAAGACCCCAAUUAGAUAGCACAGCACUUUGGUUUUGCUAAAAUUUUAAGAGGCAAGUAGGAGACACAACGACACACACAGUAGAUUAGGGUGCAUUUGAAGGAAUUCACUCUUAUCAAAUAGCAAUGCACAGGAAAAAAAAAAAAAAAGGAAGGAAGAAAUAGUCCCACUACACCAGGUGGAACAAAGGGGCAUUGUUGGUAGAGAACCAGGCUUGGAGGGAAGGGAUGGACUGUCGCGGUACUGGUAAUAGGAUGUACAGCUCUGAAGCUGUAGGAAAGUCGUCCGUCUGCUUUGGGUGAUGUUUAAAGCAGACUCAGCUGCUAUACUUAUCACAUUUUAUCCAACACAGGGAGAGCAUUUAGGAGACUAGCAGAGAGCCAGCUCUGACCUAGAAGUUUAAAAGCCAAAGGUCACACAGGCUGUAAUUCCAUCAUCAUGAAGUUAUUAAGGCAUUCUCUUAUAUAAAAGGUAGGUCAGACUCCCCUGUCCCCCCAGUGCCCCUGCCCCGCCGCCCCCUCCCUGUCGCGCCCUAUGACACUUUGGUUUAUGGGGGUGCUGUCCCGGCCGCGGGGGCCAAGGGGUAGGUACUGAGCGAGGCCGCAGCGUGGGGCCCUGUGUCAAGGUGAGGCACACAUGGCAGACCUCUUAGAGUCCUGAGGACCGAAAUAAAUUAUGAUGUCAAGGGGGAGAAGGAAGGUAGGAUGUAUUUAUAAUAGGUAUAUAGAACACAAGGGAUAUAAAGUGAAAGAUUUUUACUAAUAUAUAUUUUAAGAUUGCACACAAUCCACACCAGAAGAUGUGAAAUUCACUUGUGGCAAUUAAGUGGUCCCAACGCUCCACGCUUUAAAAACAAACAAACAAAAAAAAAUUGGACAGCUACUUCUGGGAAAAACAACAUCACUCCCAAAAUAACAAUAAUGGGAGCAAACACAAAAAUAACCAAGUCCUCUGAAGGCAUCUCACAUCACCGUAGAUUAGGAAAUGCAAGCCCCAAAUACCA